AGUUACUGACAGGGAACACACAGUUCACCGGCAAACAGCGAGCAUCCCGGCCGCACCGACAGGAGCUCUCCACCCGCUCUGGACCCUUUAGGACACCGAACCGCCUGGAUGUGCAAUAUGACUUUUGAGGAAACCGGAGGAGAAAACUCAGUAGAAAGGAUGGAAUCGGUGGCUGAAGCCUUGGAGGAGGUCCUGAGCUCCGCCUUGCCUCAGGGUUGCAUCACAGUCGGAGUUUAUGAGGCUGCAAAGUCACUAAACGCAGAUCCAGACAAUGUGGUGCUUUGCCUCCUGGCUACAGAUGAUGAGGAGGAUGUGGCCCUGCAGAUCCACUUCACCUUGAUCCAGGCAUUCUGCUGUGAAAAUGACAUCAACAUCCUGCGAGUGGGCAACAUGAGGCGUCUGGCAGAAAUCCUGGGCGGAGUGAAGCCCGGAGGGGAGCCCAUGGACAUGCACUGCAUUCUAGUGACUAACCCGCAGGCAGCCCUGUGGAAGGACCCUGCACUGAGCAAAGUGAGCAGAUUCUGCAGGGACUGCCGCUGUUUGGAUCAGUGGGUGCCGGUCAUCAACCUGCCCGACCGAUGAAAGCUUUGGAUUAUCGUCAUCUGUAACGUUUGCAAACCGUGGGGGAAAUUU